ACACUGUCCGGACAGUCCUGCACACACCUAACCCCACCUCUUCUCUCACCGCCUUACCUCAGGACCUUUCUCCCUUUACGGCCCUCCUGUAUUCCUCUUUUCCUCCCCUCCUGGGUCAGCUACUUUCUGGAAGCUCCAGCCCGAGGCGUUUUGAAGACGCUCAACUGUUGCAGUUGCCAUGAUUCACAGCAGCGUCUGCAGGGUUGUCCUGGUCCUCUUCAGCCUCCUGUCAGUUCUUGCACACACAGAGACAGUGUUGGACCCUGCCUUAUCCAGCAGGGACCACCAGGAUGCCAUGUCUGGAGAUCCACCAGUGUGGAUCACUGAAGUUACAACCAAGAGCCAUUUCCUGGACAACCCAGGGCAGACCUACACCUUUGAUUUUGAAGACCCCACGCAGCCUCCGAUCCUGGACGAAGACGAAGGAGUUCUGGGACCGGGUGCCAUCACUGCCAUAGUUGUUGCAGUCUUCCUGGGAGCGUCAGUCCUCCUCGCACUCAUCGUCAUCACUAUCAGGAAAUUCACAGCCUCCUAGAGGGAAAGAAAGCAUCUCCCUUUUUGUAUGCAUGUGUGUGUGUGUUUGUAUUGCAUGAGUGUUUGUGUCUCUCUCUUUUGUCUUUCUCAUCAAACCCUGAGCUCGCCCCCUCGUAUUUCGUUUUGAGAUGAGAUGCUUUGUGCCCUGAAAGCUAGAAAUUGUGGCAGGUCCGUUAACUAAAAAUAAAACACCCCAGUUGCUUCUCGGCGUGGAUGAAUCAUAAAUACUGGCUGGCUCUACCAGUGCUUAUCGCAAGAUGGUGCAUUUGUCGGUUGUGCUCUUUUUACCUUUCUUGUAAUUAUACUCAUAAAAGUGUCUUAAUUGUUGUCCAUAACUUCUUACAUCUUUUUUUUCACUUACAGUGUCUUGAAAUGAACACUGCUUUGCUUAGUUCUUCGGGUUUCACAGGACCUUUGUGGCAGCAAACACAAAAACUCAGAACAAGUUUAGACACUUCUGUCCUUUGGAAACAUCUGGGGAGUUAAGAAAAAGAAGAAAACAUCUCUUUUAAUCCUUUUAGGGCAUAGAAAUUGUGGACUGGAUGUUUCCGUAGAAUAAAUAUAAAGUCAGACUUUGGAUGAAUGUUGUGUUCAAAUUUAACUCCAUAACCUGGUAUUUGUUUCUAUUUGUCUCAGAGUUUCUAGCCAACCAUUUAGAUGCCACCUACUUAUUUUUCAUUGGAUAUAUAAAAACAAUUAAAUAUUUUGACUGGUGA